AUCACUUCUAGCCACUGCCAUUGCAACCAACAUUUCUCAACAACACCCACACUUCUUUGAGCAUUUCAUGCACGUCGAAGAGGCAGACCGGCCCUGGCAAUAUGCCGCCCGUUCUGUCGCGCAAGCGUCUGAAAUCAGAUUCCCCAAAACCUGAACCGCCACCAAAGCGCGCACGGGCAUCGAAACUGUCUGCACCGAAGGCACCGGCACGUCGCGCUCAGCCAUCUAUGUUCGAUGCACCUCCCAAAGUCAAUCGUACGCUUUCGCAAACGAAGAAGUUCUUGGAGGGCAGCGACGACGACGACAGUGGACCCUCGAACACCGAUAGCAGUGAUGAGGAAUUCGAGGACGUGCCUUUAAAUACAACAAGUAUAACCACGGUCAAUGGAAGGGAAAAGGGGAAGAGCAGAGCAAAGAAAGCAUCGGAAUCUGAUGAGAGCGAGGACGAUGACUGGGAGGAUGCGCUAGGCAUACAACAUCACACCAAACACGAUGCUGGUCCCGCUCCCAAGAUCUCUGGCGACAUUGCGCUCACUUUAUCUACCGUGCCAAGAGCAGCGUUCGAUUCCAAGUCCGACGGCAAGAAGGGUCCCUCAAAAAUACAGCGUCAGAUACGGAACGUUACGCACUGCAUGCAUGUGCAGACGCUUAUGUUCCACAACUUGAUGCGCAACGCUUGGAUGGAAGAUAAAGAAUUGCAGACUGUACUUGUUGAAGGCUUGACGAACGGCUGCUGGCGCGAGGUUGAGCAAUACUGGCGUGACGCAGGUGAUCCAGACGGCAUUGGACGCGCUGUCGUGCAGAGAAAGAUACAAAAGACACGCAAGACAGGGGGAAACACUAGUGAAUCAGCCGCUAAAGGGAAAGGAAGCUGGAAAGCUAGUGGUAGUAGUGGUGUCAAGGUCUACGAUACUCCAGACAACAAGCUUGCGAAGCAGCGAAAAGAACAAGCUCGUCGUGAGUAUGAAGCCACUCUAGCCCAAGAUGAGACUGCAGUUGCGUUGAAAAGGAAGCAACGUGACUGGGGUUCACAGUCCAAGCGCUUGGAGCCAAGCAUGCCGAACAUGGCUCAUGGCGAUCCUUUGAUGCGCCUUUUGAGAUACCUCUCGGCAUACUGGAAAGCAAAGUGGCGGACAACAGUACCCUCCUUACGAAAGCGUGGGUACUUGUCACCCUCAACGCUGCAGGCAGAAAUUGACGCGUGGAACGAGCAUGGCUCGCAUGCAAACACCUUCGGUGAGUGCAUUCGGAGUCGUGAAGCAUUUCGUGAGAUAGCACGCAAGUGUGAGGGCAGCAGAGACGUUGGUCAGCAGCUCUUUACUGCAUUGUUACGAGGCUUAGGGGUUGAAGCGCGGAUGAUCGUCAGCCUUCAACCCAUUGGCUUUGGGUUCAGUCAAGCUGAGGAGGGCAAACCCAAGAAUCUGGAGAAGCUGAAAGACUUUGCGAGAUCCACACCGAACAGAGCUGUCGCAAAGUCUACCUCAACAAUACUCAUGCCUGUGGUAUCUAAGAGCACUGAGCAACAGCCGAUCUCGUCUCGUGGUCGCAGGAGAGUAGUUGCGUCCUCAGGCUCAGACUCUGAUAGCAGCGAUCUUAGCAGCGUGAUUCUAAUCUCAUCCGAUGACUCUGACAACAAAUCUGCAAAGAGGAAAGUCAAGACUCUGGACUGCAAUGACGACCUCCCAUAUCCUACCUACUGGACUGAAGUCAUCUCGAAUCUCACACAUACACCGGUAUCGGUGUCGCCAAUGUCUCGCGCCAUCAUCGCAAGCUCAGCAACACCGGACAAGUAUAUGGAAUUCUACGCUCGUGGCGCCUCAGCCGACAAAGCAAGGCAGGUUCUUGCAUAUAUCAUAGCUUUUUCAUCAGACGGUACAGCGAAGGAUGUUACUACACGCUACCUUCCAAAGCAGCAGUGGCCGGGCCGAACCAAAGGCUUCCGUAUGCCCAUUGAGAAGAUACCCAUCCACAACAAACACGGAAAAAUCAAACGUUGGGAGGAAUUGAAUUGGUCCAAGUCCGUCAUGCGCCCUUUUGCACGCGCACACGAUAAGCGUCAGCCAUGGGAUGAAGUUGAGGAAGAAGGCGAUCUUGUCCCUGCGGAGCCUGAGAAGAAGAAGACCAUGGACGAAGACGGCGGUAAAGAGACUCUACAAGGCUACAAGAGUUCUACCAAAUACGUCCUCGAGCGGCAUCUCCGCCGUGAAGAGGCACUGAAACCUGAUGCUAAGAUUGUCCGACACUUCGUCAUCAGCAAAAAAGGCGAAGAAGACAAACGCGAGCCGGUGUAUUAUCGCAAAGACGUCGUGAACUGCAAGACCACCGAGUCUUGGCACAAAGAAGGCCGAGAAGUCAAGCACGGUCAGCACCCACUGAAAUACGUACCCAUGCGCGCCGUGACCAAGACACGCAAGCUUGAGAUUGAAGAGCGCGAGCGAGUAGAAGGUGGAAAGGUCCAACAAGGCUUGUACGCGAAGAGUCAAACAGAUUGGAUCAUCCCCGAACCGAUCAAGGAUGGCAUAAUUCCAGUCAAUGCGUUCAACAACAUCGAUGUUUACGUCCCAACUAUGGUGCCGAGAGGCGCUGUCCACAUUCCGCUCAAAGGUGCUGCGCGCGUGUGUCGCAAACUGAACAUCAACCACGCAGAAGCUUGCACAGGGUUCGAAUUUGGUAAACAACGCGCAGUUCCUGUAAUUACUGGUGUUGUUGUGGCAGAGGAGAACAAGGACUUGGUCAUCGAUGCAUGGGAGGCAGAAGAAGUCGAAAAAGCACGGAAGGAAGCAGAUAAGAGGCAGAAGUUUGUCCUGGGCCUAUGGAAGAAGUUCUACUCUGGUUUGAAGAUUGUGCAGCGUAUGAACGAUGAGUAUGGUGAGGAGGCUGAAUUGCCGCAGACAGACCCAUUUGCACCGAUCAAGAAAAAUGAAGAGAGCGAGUGGGAUGUCUUCCAGAAGCAUCAGGGCAAGGAUUUCGAGGGUGGGUUCCUACGCGAGGAGCUUGCAGGUGACGGUGGCGGAGGCUUUCUCGGAGACCAUAUGUCAACAACUGCUAACGACGAUGUGGCUGGAGGAUUCUUCCUUGCAAGCCAGGAAGAGAUGAAUCACGGUGAUUUCACUAUCGAUCAUGGCGAUCAGCGAGUACGAGAGGAAACCACGAGUGACAGCACAAAUCGAACGCCGAUCUCGUUGUCCGCAGCAGUUGAUCAACCCAUCUACGAAGACGAAGGUGAUAAUCAGGAAACUAAGAAUCAACGUCAUCAGAACAUCCAGAUGAACGACGCGGAACAAGACAAUGACGAGGAAGAGGAUGAGCUCCCUGUGCAUAAACCUCACCGGAACUCUUCCACGAGCAAGCCGAAUGCUACCCGUUCGAAGCGCACACCAAUGAUUUCAAGUAAACAUAUUGUCGAAUGUUCCGACGAAGCGUCGCUUUCAGACACUCCCCCAGAUCCGCCGACACCACAGCUUGCCACAAGAAGCGGCUUAAGGCGCAAUGCUGCGCGCAAGAGUAAAGCGCAGAUAAAAAGUCACUUUUUUGCUACUGGAAGCGAUGACGAGACGGAUGCAACAGACUUCACGGAUAAAGCAUCACCAAAGAAGGGCAGUGGUGAUCGUAGCAGUGGAAGACGACAAGGACGGAAAGAUUCAAGACAAGCGAGUAGAGGUUGUAAGAAAGGGCGGGCUUGAUGCCCUUGGAUCAAUUUUGGGAGCGGACGCAUUUGACAGUCCUGCCGAGCGCAGCGAUGGAUACAAACCUAUGCAGCCUGCUAUUUUUCGCUUUAGAUGUGUGCCUCCUAGUCUGACUUCUUCCCACCCAUUCCUGAAGUUUGCAAGCACGUUGCCGGGAUUUCUAGCACGGCUAGCACGUGCGCUUUGUCAGUUCCGCCAGUAAUUUCUCAUAUCGUACCCUAGUCCUAGUUAUCGCCCCUCAACCUGGUCUAUUCUGGCAUCAGAAGACAUGCUGAAAAUCAACAGAGUAGGUUCAUACACAGACCGGUAUCCUCAUGCCACAAUGAAGGGGAUGUAUUUCAAGAGUCUGUGGCAUCAAGCGACUUCACUUCUACUGAUGGAGACCGGGACAUUAGUAGUCAAGAGCGGGCUGCUCUGCCAGAAAUUA